AUGUCUGUAACUCGGUCACACGCCGAGGACUCUAAUCCAGAGUUGAAGAGGACUAGAGUGGAGGUUCAACUGGCGUUCAAAUUUUCGAAUGAGGAUAAGAUUGGAACCAUACAGCCACACAAUGAUGCUUUAGUGGUCAUACUCAGGAUAGGAAUGUAUGAUGUGAAGAGAAUAGGGCUGAACUUGAAGUCUAAGGAUUUGACAACUUAUGAUUCACCUUUGGUAAGCUUUGAUGGAAAAAUUGUCAUUCCAAAGGGUCAGAUUAGACUACCUGUGCAACCAGGUUCAAAGGUAGUGGAGGUGGACUUCAUUAUGGUGGAUGCUUAUUCUCCCUACACGGUCAUUGUGGCAAGACCUUGA